AUGGUUAGUGCAGACUUACUGAAAAAGGUAGCAAUAUGUGGUGCUGCUUUAUCUUGUUUUGGAGCAGCAUUUUUCCAUCACAGAAUACAAGGUAGUUUUUAAAAUGAGAAAUUAAGUUUCUGUGCCCAGCUAUGGUCAAAGUUUGGUGUGAGGCUAUGUGUACGGUGUUCGCUUACAAACCAAAGUUCGAGUGAAUCAGGAUACUUUUUGCAUGAUUAUGAAUUAACGCUCCAACCAAUUCUUAUGAAAUUACAACACUAGUAUAAUUGCAAUGUUUACUAAACUGUAGUGGCAUUUAUAGAGGUAGGAAUGGCAUAAUUCCAAAAUUAUAACGCGAAUUCACUUGUGUGUUGACAUCUCAAGCGUUACAUUAACGGCGCUGAAAUGUAAAAUGUUGUGCACCGAGCAACUUACAGCCAAACUUUGUCCGGUUUUUUACUCAGUCCGACUUGCACAUAAAACAAACACUUGUUUCCCAUUUUUUCCAGCAGAUUACGAAAAUUUUAGACAUGUUCUUAGCAUGAAAAAUGAUGACUUACCGUUGUCCAACAUGGCUAACACAGAAACGAAUGUUUGCUACAAAAUCCUUCGUGCAGGAUAUUGUUUACUCGUUGUCAUGGCGCAAGAAAAUGUCUUUUCAAGAUGCACAAUGACCAAAGAAUAUUUUUCUUUAAGCCAUUUACCUAAUUUUUUUCUCACCGUACAAAACGAGUGUAUUUUACUCUGUCUGAAUGGCAUGUCCAAGGCGGCCAUAUCCCGAGAAGUAAUACGGUGCACUUUUUCGGUGCACUAGUGCACCAAAGUGCACUUUUUCGCUGCACUGGUGCACCAAAGUGCACUGUUAUUAGUAUUUCAGUGCACUAGUGCACCGAAUACUAAAUAGCAAGUGCACUAGUGCACCAAAACAGUGCACUUUGGUUCACCAUUUCGUACAACACAUUUUCGAUUUGUUUACUAGAAAUACGUAAAUCGCAGGACCUCGCGAAGGACUUCGGGGGAAUGGCAAGAUGAGACAAAAGAGAAGAAAAUUUAUAAAUUUAAAAACCUUAAGCUAUAUAAAGAAACAUAACAAAACUGCAAUAACUAAAAAGAAAACUAAACGAAAAGAAAUAGAAAAAAAAGGCAAAAAAGCGAAGAGAAAAAGUUAUUCUCGGCGGAUUCGAACGCGGUACCUUUGGCGCGCCGAGCCUGCUUUCGUUACCACUAGGCCACGUGGAACACACAAACGCAGAUGCGCUACCUGUAUAAAGUUGAUCGAGCCGUAUUAAACAUGAAUUCAAAGAUAUUUUUCAGAAGAAUUACUGGUGUUUGGACAGUGAAAUCCCAACGGAAGCCCAACUUUAAAGCCGAUACGGUAUAAACUCGUCUGCGAGCAAAACGUGUUUGUUUUAGUUUGAUGUCUGCUGUGCGAACCCAGAUAACUUUCGACGACAUUCUUCACGGAUCUUCAGAAAUCCCGCCCACUUUUUGCAAACAAGAGAGAUGGAUCUUGAAUGAGAUGAAACGAAAUAAAACUAAAAAUGCGUAAAAUCACGUCUUUGGGAAGCUGAUCAGAGCUGAUUAAACAACAUCGUCCAAAAGUUAAAAACAAAACACGAUGUGACUAGCGUUUCCUGAUCCUUGUUGCAAGGAGUACCUGUCGUACCCUUUUAUUCCUAGUUAACAAAGUACAAAUUUCUCCCAGUGACCAAUGCACAGUGCUACAGAAAUGUAACGUUUGAAGGAUGACAUGUGAUUCAUCCUUUUUUGGAGUAUGAUCAUUUUCUUCCUAGUUCUCUCUACCUUACUGGUUGAUCAAUGCAUUCAUCUGGUCUGAAGGAGAAACUCUUUUGAUGAUCAUUUUCUGAGUUCUCUCAUCCUGACUGGUUGAUCAAGCAUUCAUCUGGUCUGGGAGAAACUCUUUGAUGAUCACUAUCGGGUAAAGUACCCUAAAAUAAGUGGAAGUAAUGUUAGCCUGAGAAAACAGCUGACAUUUGGCGACGCUACCACUGGUUUCCCCGCCAAAUGACGUCUGAGAAACAAGCGCAGAAAUUCCAUACUGAUGACAUGUCACUACCCAGAUCUGGGUAGUGCUUCUGAUUGGUUGUGCUAUGUGGGAAAUUUGAUUCAACCAAUCAGAAGCACAACCCAGAUCAGGGUAGUGAGCCGUCAUCAGUAUGGAAUUUCUGCACUCGUUUCUCAGACAUCAUUUGGUGGGAAAACAGUGGUAGCAUCACCAAGUUUCGGCUUUUUUCUCAGGCUAAAGUAAUGUACAUUUUACUUUUUUAGCAAAAAUAGCGGCCCAAGAUUAUUAUAAAAAAUCUGUUGAGGUGCUUAGGAAUCACCAGCUGGCAUCCGAUACUCUGGGGAAACCUGUUAGAAUUCCCUAUGUAAAUCUAACAAGAAAGGACAUCAGACUUGGACGUGACUUUGCUCAGGCAAGUGAAAUGUUCAGAGAUGCCAGCCUCUGGAGAUCUAAAAUCUAGAGACUCUCUAUUUUGCACUACAGCCCCCAAAUAUCAACAGCCCCCCCACACCUCCUUAGUCCCCCGCUGCCACCAAUUUUCCCCACCACUAAGCCACCAAGGACAUUAUUUGAACAGACAUACUGUCAAAAUUCAUUUUCAUCAUUGUAAUGAUAAAAUAUACCUUCUCAGUGACUAAAUAUGUGCAAAAAUGUCCCAGAAACCCGUGAAACAAAAAAGUACAAAUUUUGAGGGAAAAAAUGGGCUAAAUUUAAACUAAAGCACAGUAAAGCUCAAAAGUCUAUUUGAUCCGGGAGAUUUGGUAACCUGUACGGGAGAGCGGGAAAUCAGUGCGGUAUCUGGGAGACUCCUGGAUAAUCCAGGAGAGUUGGUAUAUAUGAAAUGUUCCUUUGAGGAGGGGGACUUUGGGUAAACCGUAAGAAAAACUGGCAAAUAUCGAAAUACCAUGUGUAAAUCGACAAAAUACCAAUACCACAUAUGAUCAGUCAUGCCAAAUUUAAUGUGAGCGCAAGUGAACAUCACCCCACGCCGCAUCUCGCCUUUCUUGCAUGGGGAGAUUUUUACGCACUCGCAUUUUGCUUACUCUACUAUCCCUGAGGGAAAAUGACGGACUACUUGUAGUCUAAGGGGGAUGGCAACCCAGAAGAAUAGGGGGUGGGAGAAGUAUGAGAGGGAAGUGGGAGAGGAAAGGCCAAGAGGUUGGAGUUCUAAAAGGGUAAGGACUAGGAGAAAUGGGAGAAAUCAUGCAACAGUGCUUAACUGUUUUAGCAGUUGAAAAAGGGUUAGACGAGGAAGCCUUCCAUGUUUUGGUCACUAAAAGUAAACAGACACUUUAAAAAUUUGGGGAUUACUUAAUAGCAUCAUUAUUUAUUGUGGGUAGUGUGACAAUUUUCUCUCUUCUUACAGAUAGUUAUUCCAGUUAGAGGAAGCAAAAUCUCAGGGAAUUUAUAUUCAUUUGCUACAAGGCGGGAAGAGGAAGGGUACGUAUUCGAUGUUGGUUAUUGUUGAAGUAAAGAAGCAGUCCCACGGAUUGGAUCAAGAGAAAACAGGUAGCUUCAGCAAUGAGGACCGUGAUGGUGAUGAAGACAUCCCUUACAAAGUCAAUUCAUGCUUUCCCAAGUUGCUCAAUUCAUCAAAUGUUGGUGAAUUUUUCUGGGGUUGCAUUCUAAAGACCUGUAUCUAAGUUUCAAACUAAAAUUAGAAAAUUUCUGUAUUGUGUUCAUGUCCUCUUCAACGUGUAAAAUAGGGCAGUUUUAAUUUCAUGUCAUGGUUGUAGAAUGACAACAAAGAAAUUUACAAAAAUGCAAUGCACCUAUGAAGUUAUUGUUUUGCCACUCUAAACCUAUUGCUGUUUUGUCAUUCUCGUCAUUUUCGCUUGUAAGCUCCCUAACGGUUGAUAUCCAGGGUCGCAUAAUUUUUACGCGAGUACGUGGGUAAAAUUUACGUUCGCAAAUAAAAUAGAGGCAAUGCAUGAAAAAUUGCUCAUAAGCGUAAAAGAACCUUGCUCAACUUCUUGUUUAAGUUCAGCACUUUUUAUCUUGCCUCUAUUUUAUUUACGUGGUUAAAAUUUACGUGCGUUGAUGUGCGUAGCCAAAAGCGCAUCAGUGGAAAUAAACCUUUUUUUUUUUUGCUUUUACUGUUUUACUGGCCUACAUUGAUACAAUUUGUGAACUGUCCAUGCAUAUUACUUUCUAUUUUUUUUUUCUUUCUAGAUGGAUACUAGAGAGAGUAGAGCUUGAAGCGGGGCCAGAACAUCCCAGAAUAAAAAUUGUACCAGAGGACUGAUUUUUAUGGGUUUCCAAGAAUGAAGAUAAUGGAGAAAACCUGAAUGGCAUUCUGUGGUUUUUCCCAUGAUGAAGAAAGCAUUGCCUAAAUACUGGAAUUUCUGCCUAUUUACUGUGUAACAGCAUUCAACACUUUGUCUACAAAAGGUGCUGCAUAGGACACCUACUUUUUGGUUAUCUGAAAGUGUAUGCAUCAGAGAUAAACAGUGUUCCAAGGAAAAAAACAUUGGCUGUUAUGUUCAAGGCAAAUGAAGUCUGAGAAAUGAGCUUGAGAAUUCCAUACUGAUUAAUUUGCUAAAUAAGCAAUAAGCUAUCUCAAGACUGGUAGAAAAUUUAUCAUUCAAGACAUUUUCUCAUUUUUUGCAUAAUUUCAUUGAAACAAUUUGGUGGAGAGAAUAUCUGCAAAAAGUUAACUGUCAUAUUAUAACAUUAUGCCAGCUACAUUUGGGAGUUUCUAACAGGGGCAUUGUCAGGUACCAGUGAAGAAAAAUGCAAAAAGGCAAGUGCACAAACAGAUAUACUGUCAUGAUGCAUUUAAGCUGAGAAAAAGUUUUUGUAGA